UGCUUCCGGAGCUCGGUUCCGCCGCUUCUCGGCCUUUCACCGGAACCCACGAGGCGGGCCCGGAUUCGUCGAGCCAGGAGCUUAAGGACCAAGGUGUUAUCGGUGAGCUAAGAGCGUCGGAAUUACAGGGCAAAGGAUGGCCGCGGCGGCCUCUCUCAGGUGGAUUCUACAACUUCACAAGGAUGUGCCCAAGGCCGCUCGUUUCUACUCCGAAGGUCUAGACUUCACUGUCAAUGUAUGCACUCUACGGUGGGCUGAGCUUCAGUCCGGGCCUCUGAAGCUCGCCCUCAUGCAAUCUAUCAAUGGAGGGCCAGCUGCUGACCCCUAUUUUUUCAGUGACAAUGUUCCGCAGAAGGGGUAUUCUUCUUCGCUAUCAUUUACAGUCACUGAUAUCAAUAGUACGGUGACAAAGCUGAUGGCUUUAGGCGCAGAGCUAGAUGGACCCAUCAAGUAUGAAAUUCAUGGAAAGCAGGUAGCUGCCAUGCGUUGUAUGGACGGCCAUGUCUUAGGGCUUUAUGAACCAGCAUAAAAGGGUCUACAAAGGAAAGAAUAAACAAGUCAAAUUUGAUGCCAAGUGUGGGGUAAUUGCUGCCGACUUCCUGCUGGCUGCCGGGUCUUGUUCUUAUUUCAAAGUCUUGGAAUCUGCUGAAGACACGGAGAAGACAUGGGAGAUUUCUCCAUGCUUGGGGUUCCCCUUGAUUAUUGAUAGCGUUUGUUGAUCGAUAUCUAUAAUUGCUGUGCAUAGGGUGUAUAGAGUUGGACCUGGAAUUAAGGCAAAGCUGUGAGAUUGACAAGUGAACUGAUUGAAUAGGAAGAACAAAGGUCCUGCAUUUCCAUUUUGUUACCAUUCAUGUAAAUGGGGUAUCUUUUGUCCCCAUAUCUCCUAGAAUUGACAAGAAAUCCUCCUUUGAUGUUUUCGCCAGAACAGCUGCUCUUUCUUGCCUGCAUUUUGAGUUGUCAUCUUGUACCUAUUGCAGAUGAAAUGAUUCAAUUACAGUUUCUUUGGUAG